AUGGAUUCGUCAACUUCGAAAGCUGUCAGACCGACAAUAGAACGCAAAAGGGCACGCAAAGCUCUGCAGCAUAGACAACCAUACUUUUGUGGUAACUACCACGGAUACUAUAAUAAACGAAAGAAGACAGCGACAAACGACGAUUCACGGCUUGCUCUGUUUAAGAGAGAUUGGCUUGAAGGAAGGAAUAUAUUGGAUAUUGGAUGUAAUUCGGGCGAUUUGACUAUCGCCAUUGCCAGGAAGUUUCAACCCAAGACGACAUUGGGAAUAGAUAUUGAUCCUGUAUUGAUUAGAAGAGCAAACGAGAGAAUAAAAAAAGAUGUAGAGACGAAGGAUUAUGAAAACAUUAGAUUUGAGACUGAAGACUGGAUGGCUGAGACAGAUGUGGGACAGAAGUUUGAUACUAUAUGUCUUUUUUCUGUUUCAAAGUGGAUUCACCUACAUCAUGGAGAUGAAGGAAUUAAACGAUGCUUCCGCAAAAUAUACGAAUGUCUGAACGACAAUGGGAUAUUUCUAUUCGAACCGCAGGAAUACAAGUCUUAUAAGAAAUACAAGAAAAUAUCAGAGACAACGUUGGAAAAUUACAAUAACAUCAAAUUUAGACCAGAACAUUUUCACAAGUAUCUAAUGAAUGAGCUUGGAUUUCGGAUAUUUCAGAAACUAGGACGUAGUGAGUCGUCAACAGAAGCGAAUAAUUUCAAAGAUGUAUUCGAGGUCCGCCCUCAAAAAAAUCUUUCUGGUCCGAAUGGACAUGGUCCUGUUGAUUUCGCAGGCGUUCGAAAGCCCCCCGGCAACAUCGACUUGCGUCGAACGGCAAAAACUGUGGGAGUCGCUGAGGUUAAGAAGGAUAAUUUCGUCAAGGGAGUUACCCAAUGUGCGGUCCAGCUCGAGUCAUCCUUGUCGAAUCGUAAACGCAAGGCCAAUGAGUUAGAAGAGAAUCCGACAGUUGGAAAAGUUUUUGGGAUAGUUACCGACGCUGGGAAAUUUUAUUUCAUGGAAUGCUCGCUAGAUGAACAGGAACGGCCCGCAUUCAAGUUAUCGAAACCGGUGAUCGUUGCGUAUGAUGAUGUUGACAUGGAAGACAAGAUAAAAAGGGUGUUUUCUCACAUCGUAUGGUUACUAGAAGAGAUCCAAAAAGCGGACGAAUUGGAAGGUGGAAAUAAGAGAGUUAAGGUGAAUUAG